UGAUACAUCAGAUGAGAUGGAAUCUCGAAGCUUUGCUUCCUCAAAUUGUUCUGAUAUUUUACCCGAUGUUGUUACAGUAAAAAAGAUACAUGACGAAACUUUGCCAAGUUCAUCAGAGGAACGUACUGACACUGCUAACAUUUCCCAACUAAAAGCACUUUCAUUAAAUUUUUUGCAGAACAUCUCUGAAAUAUCCAACGAAGAGGAAGUUCCAAAACUUAGUCCUUGCCAUAAAUGCGGGAAAGAAAUUUUAGCAUUUCCACUACGGGCAUUUGUCGUAUUAUCUUGUGAACACAUAUUCCAUAGAACAUGUAUCGAGCAACAUAUUGUUCGUAUAGAUACGCAGGCUUCUACUCACCCUAGCUGUCCUAUCUGCUCUACAAUCAUCGAAGUUAUUAGAGAGGAAGGCACUCUUGCUUCCGACAAGUAUCAGAUGGUGUCCAAGAUUCGUUCUCUUAUUGUCUCCGAGAAAAAAACAUUCCAGCAAAGCCCUGAUACUCAAGUUAUUAUAGAGGAUCAUGAGACAAGUCCUAUAGCAAGUGAAAUUAUCAGCGAUAACCAAAAUGGCGGAGCCAGCACAGCUGAAAAAGGUACGACUAACGUGGUGCAGGUUAAUUCUACUUCUUCAUCUCGACAUUCAUCUCCGCGAAUUGAGCCAUCUCUUGCUGAGAAACGGGUUGUGAAAGCCAACCAAGAUGAAAUUAUGAGUUGGUAUCACUUUGCCGAAAGUUUCGAAAAAAGAGUAAAAGAAAUUAUGGACGGCGAUAUGAGAUUAAACGGCCAACAAGCUAGAACACGAGUUUAUGAAGAAGUUGUAGAACACCUCCCGGGAUUUACAAAGGAUAGCUUACGAAAAAGGACAGCAAAGGCUAGGAAUAUCUAUAAAUUAUUUGGACGAACCUAUCACCCAACAACAGGUGAAGAGGUUAAUGGGAUAGGUUUUGCAAAAAUAAAACGGAUUAAGACGUAUAGUGCGGAUUAUAUUUCGAAAUUCUCAUCUAAACAAAUCUUUAAUAUUAUCGAACGUGUUGCGGGUGCAGAUCGUGUCCCCCAAGUUGACGCCAACGGAUCACGAAUUCAAGUCAGACACAAGCUUAAUCAACAGCUCAAUACUCAAGCACAUAAAUUUAAUGAAGAUGAUUUAAACGCACUGAAAGUGAGGUUUCAACCGGCAGCCAAAGACCACGUUAUUCCCAACGAAAAAAUCGAAAAAUUUCCAGAACAGUACGUUUGCCCUAAAAUAAACAGAGACAUGCUCAGCAAUGAAGGAUUCAAAGUUCAAGAAAUAAGUGAUUUUUCGGAUGAUGCCGUUCAAACAUUCUUUAAUAAACUGCAUAUCGUCACGAGAAACCCACCAGGAAUACCCGAGUCCCGCACUGAUAACUUAGUUGCUGAUCUGCUUCGUAUUGCCCGACUGAAUAAUUAUCCUUUGGAGAUAGCACAACAACUACCAUGUAAACUACAUAUCUUCAAUAAGCCUUAUGUUUCGGCAAAACCCGACUUUGUGGUAACUAAAGGAACAAUAUCUAUGAUUGCUGUAGAAGAUAAAACCUUACAAAACGUUGACCCCAGAUUUGAUUUUGGGGAAAUGCAAAUUGCUGCCGAAAUACUUUCUUGCGGAGAUGAAAAUAUACGUAAGGUUAAAAAGGUUACUGAUCAG